UGAGCAACAAAGACGUCUUCUGUGUUGAGGAAGACAUGAAUUAAAUGUUAACUUGUAAAGUGAAAUGCUGUGUUUAAAUAAACCGGUCUGAGAGAGAGAAGAGAGAAAGUGAGAAAACAAAAAAAAGUGAGUUUCUUAUCUUCAUCAUUUCGUCGAUUAGUGCAACAAAAACUCAUCAACCAAUAAACAUAAACCUUUCCCAUUGCAACCUGUGAAUUAAUAAGUAAAGAUUAAUUCAACAUUGCUAUCAAAACGGAUUAUCAUUAAACCAGACAAAAUGAGAUGAAAAGUCAACCUUAAAAAAAGUAGUUUUCAAGUUACCAACAAAAAAGUGUACAGUUUUUUCCUGGUUUCACCCAAAGACUCGAAAUGAAUGUUGAAUGUUUAUCGAAACCUGAGUCAAAAUCAUUACCAACCAAGCCAUCAACCGAGCCAACAAGCCCACUCUCAUGGCCUCUCUGCCAUUUCCAUUCGUUGCCUUCUUGGCUUCAACACAAUGAAUACCUCAUAAGUGGACAUCGUCCACCUUUACCUUCUUAUAAAGAAUGUAUUCGCUCAAUAUUUCGCCUUCACACGGAAACAAUCAACAUCUGGUCACAUUUCAUCGGCUUUGCCAUCUUCGCCUCACUAACAGUUCGGUUCAUGCUUUAUGCGCCCAACCAUUUCGCGGCAACUGAUCGACUGGUUUUGGAAACCUUUUUGUUCGCAGCGACCUUUUGCUUUGCCUUUUCAACAGCCUAUCACACCUUCUCAUGUCACUCGCCCAAUGCGUCCGACCUUUUCUGCAAAUUGGACUAUUGUGGAAUCGUUUUGCUGAUUGCUGGCUCGUUGCUGCCGUAUGUUUAUUAUGGCUUUUACUGUGAAAAUAUGCCUAAACUUGCCUAUCUAGUCUUAAUUGGUACUCUUUGCAUAUUGACUUUGACUGUGAGCCUAUCUGAUCAGUUUGGAACUUCUGAAGCUGCACCUUUCAGGGCAAAGAUAUUCACUUCAUUUGGCAUGACAGUGCUCUUCCCUUCGAUCCAUGUCAUUGUUAAUGGAUCAGUUAUAACCGAUGCUAUACUCUGGGAAGGUUUCCUCAACAUUUGCUCAACUGGAGCCAUUUACUUUACAGGAGCCUUAGUCUAUGCUCUCAAAGUACCUGAACGAUUCUUUCCCGGUAAAUGUGACCUUUGGUUCCAUUCCCAUCAACUGUUUCACAUUCUGGUUGUUUGUGCAGCUGUAACCAACUACCAAGGUCUAUCCGAUAUGGCCUGGUAUCGAGCAAGUCGACCCAUUUGCUCAGCUGAUCUCUACGGUUCCCAAAUAUUGUUUUAACUUUUGUUAAACUCAAACAAUUAACAUUAAAAUUUUUCAAUAAUUUAC